CUUUUCCCUAUAACAGCCGUGUGUGUUUUUCUUGCUCUAUACGCAUGAACGAUGUAUUUAUAAGAAAAAUUAAAUGGGUAUUUUUGGUCCGACGUAGACAAGGAUUUGAAUUCUAAUGGUUCCCAGAUUGUUCAUUGAGAUUUGGUUGAUUGAAUUGGCAACUAAAGAACGCUCCUCAACAGUGACCCAGAAGAACUGGAAAUGGGAACAUUAUCUCUCUUGUUUCCUAUGUCUUACUCCUUCUCUUCACCAGUGAGACUAAAGAAUGAUUCAUCCUCAAGAACCCAUCUCCGCAAACGUAGUUCAUGGCCAAACAUCUCUUCAUACACUCUCAAUUCUGCCAAAAUUAGAGGCAAAACUGUAGUAUUUGGAGGGAAUUCAAGUGACCCUAAUGAGUCCCAGUUCCUGGAUGAAAAUGGUGUCGUUGACGAUAUGGAUGGCUAUCUCAACUAUCUUUCUCUUGAAUAUGAUUCUGUUUGGGACACCAAGCCGUCAUGGUGUCAGCCGUGGACAAUAGCAGUGACUGGAGUUUCCGGGAUUGCAUGCAGUUGGUUGAUUUUUCACUCAGUUGUAGUGACAUCGGUUGUACUCUUUUUAGUAUGCAGCUGGUGGUACAUUUUUCUGUAUUCUUAUCCUAAGGCAUAUGCAGAGAUGAUUGCUGAACGAAGGAAAAAAGUAACGAGUGGUUCUGAAGAUACAUAUGGUUGGAAGAAAAUUCAAUGAUGUAAUCAAAGAUUGGAACUUGAAUUCUCUUCCUUCCUCUGCUUAUGCUCUGCCAAUACGCGGGAAUGAAAUUUUGUACCUGUAAACAUGAGCUAGUUAGAUUGAGCGCUGAUUAGAUCCUUCGUCGGAAUGUGAAAAUCAUGUGCCUGUUUUAAUGACGAUUCACCUGUUUAUGUGGUUGUGCAACAACUAACAGGGCAAUGAUGAUGAUGUCCAGAGCAGCAAACUUGUGCAUAUUGCUUGAUAUAUUACAAGCUUCAUAUCAUGCCAUAUAA